AUGCGGGAGCUGUCGAUGAGUCCAGGUCGAAAGGAUGAAGGUUUCUGGGAGCUCUGGCUGGGACCUAAGCUCCCACCCACUGCCCUGGGAAAAGGCCGCCUCGGCCUUCUUCCGCAGUCAUGCUGGUUUGGAGGCACAGCGUCGCCGACCCACCUGGGCUCGCUGGGGGGACGCCUGCGCUCCAGCCUUGUCGCCGUGCUCGGAGCUCCCUUCCAGGUAUUGGACGCAGUCUUGACUCUCUCGGCUGUGCUGACCGCUGCAAGUCUCUCAGACCGGAUGGGCUGGUUGGACCACGAGGCUCUCAAAAAGCCUCGGAAGUUGUCCCUGUCCUUGCCGAAGUCAAGCGUGCACCAUCCCUGCCAACCACAAGCAGAAGCGACAGAGCAGGCACAGGCGCUGCAGGCAGUGCCAGCACAGCCUGAGGGCCAGCCGGUCCAGUAUGCCAUACCGGCUGGAUACCAGGCGGUGGCUGUGCCGGCCAUGGACCCUGCACAGUACACCGCAUGGCUUCAAGCACUGCAAGCGCAGCAGGUCGUGGCCCAGCAGAUGUUCGCACAGCAACUUGCAGGCGUGGCAGGUGGUGCGGCAGGUGUUGCAGGUGCCGCUGGCUUGUAUGCGGCUGUGCCGACGGUGCCCGGUGUGGCCCUUCCAACAGCCGUCGCUGCACCAGCGUCCGAAGACAGUCCGGCCUACAGUGGGCAGAUUGUGGACUACAAUGAAGACAAAGGUUUCGGCUUCAUAGAGUGCAAAGACACCCAGCAAAUCUAUGGAAAAGACAUCUUUCUUCUGCGAAGCUCCUUGAACGGUUUGAUUGUCAGUACCGGAGACAGAGUAAGCUUCAAGGUGGAAACAGGCAUCAAAGGCCCGAAGGCCGUUGAAGUGGAGAUCAUAGAAAGGAUAGCCGACAUGGCCGAGCGCUUGCCCACAUACUGGGGCAGAGUGAAGAACUUUGAUGCUGCCAGAGGUCUUGGCUUCAUCGACUGUGAAGAGACCAAGGAGGUCUACGAAAAGGACAUUUUGGUCUUGCGGAGUCAGCUAGGUGAUCACUCCAACGACACGAUCGUGUCCUUCAACAUCGUAGAAGAUGCCCGAGGUGUCAAGGCAGCCAACGUGAAGAUCCACCCCGAUGGCUACCCACCCGGGAAAGAGCCCAAAAAGAAAGGCAAGGGCAAGGGCAUGAAGGGCUUCGAAAUGGGCUUCGGCGAUGGGAAAGGCUGGGGCAAGGGCAAAGGUAUCGACGUGGGCCAGCUGUGGCAGGCCAUGGAGAUGCUUGGUGAGAUAUGGAACGGGGGUGUUGACCUUGAGCUUGUCGUUGGCAUGCCCACUGAUCACUAUCACGUCCUAUGCCAGGGCCCUCCUCUGUUCCCUGAUCACCUGAGAAGUUGCGAAGCUACCAAGGUCGCACCGACUGGAAUGGUCCUGGAAGCAGUGCGGCGCAGGUGCUUUGCGCGCGUGAUGAAGAUAAGACUAGCAACUGCGGGGGACUUGGACCGCAAGGCGGCUUGCAACAUCCUGAGCAUUGGCUACGGCUUGCAGAUUUCCAAUGCAGCUGUUCUCAUGACCAACUUAUUCGGCACUCGCCUGAGCUCCGAGCCCACAAGCCCCAAACGCUUUCGAGUGCUUCCUGCGGAGAUGCGAAGCAGAGGUCUGGCCUGCCAGAUUUUAUUCUUCGCAGGAGAGCACUACAUCAGGGCCGCCGACGCUCAAUGGCUUCCGUUUGCUGUUAAGACGUCGGUGAUCCUGAAUGGUGGGAUAGUCAUUGCAAGAAGUGCUCCCAUGAAUCUUCUGGGGCAGUUCAUUACAGUAUUUAAUAUCUUCCUCUAUUCGUGUCCGUUGAUGAACCUUGGUGCGGUCUUACGCACAAGAAACAGCAGCCCGUUUCCAUCCUUCAUGGUGGGCAUCAAUGUCGUGAACAAUGCGCUGUGGAGCAUUUAUGCUUUGCUGAUCGAGGAUGUUGUGGUCCUGAUGCCAAGCAUCUUGGGCUAUGCUUGCUCCUUUUUCCAGGUGUUACUUAUUCUGUGGUGUCGCAACCGUCUACCGUUCGACCUGAGCUUCCUGCUCGCGAUCAUUCAAAAAACCAAGCCGCGGGCUUCGGAAGUGGAGCCGAGCACUCCCGAGAGCGACCAUCUGGCCGAAGCUUCCGAAGAGCAGGAUGGAAAUGAAGACUGGCUAUGA